GGUGGCGGCGCUGGUCCAGUCCACUCUUUAGCGCCAUAGAAAAGGAAAACAAGUGUUCCCAAAUUUUACAAGUCUCUCUCUCUGUAUCUCUAAGAAAAUAAAAGGGAGCCGCCGUGUUUGCACAAGGAUGGCCGCCGUCGGCGUUCUUGCUUUACAGGGUUCUUUCAACGAACACAUUGCAGCGCUUGCCAGAUUGGGAGUUAAGGGAAUGGAGAUAAGGAAGCCAGAACAACUUCAAAAUGUCACCUCUCUUAUUAUUCCGGGUGGUGAAAGCACUACUAUGGCUAAACUCGCUGAGUUUCACAACCUGUUUCCUGCUUUACGUGAGUUUGUUCAAAUGGGAAAGCCUGUAUGGGGGACCUGUGCAGGUCUUAUCUUCUUGGCAAACAAGGCAAUUGGUCAGAAAACUGGAGGACAAGAACUGGUUGGUGGCCUAGAUUGCACUGUUCAUAGAAAUUAUUUCGGCAGUCAGAUUCAAAGUUUUGAAGCGGAGCUUACAGUUCCAGAACUUGCGUGUAAGGAAGGUGGCCCUGAAACGUUCCGUGGAGUUUUCAUCCGUGCUCCUGCCAUCCUUGAAGUCGGGCCUGGAGUUGAUGUGCUGGCUGAGUGUCCUGUUCCAUCUACCAAUGUAUUGUAUUCAAGUUCUGCUGUUCAAAUCCAAGAGGAAAAUUCCGUGCCAGAAGAGAAAGUUAUUGUAGCUAUAAAGCAGAGGAAUUUGCUAGGGACUGCUUUUCAUCCUGAACUGACAGCUGAUACUAGAUGGCAUAGCUACUUCUUGAAGAUGGCAAGCGAGGCUGGAGAAGCAACCUCUGGAAGCAUUGUCCCAGCUGGAGGAGUGGAUCUAAGCAGCUAUGAUGGAAAACCACGGAUUGAUCUCCCUAUAUUUCAAUAGUCUCAGUGAGAUGAUUAUUGGAAGUUUCUUUGCAUCUUUUCAGUUCUUUUGUUUUUCCUUCUGAGCCGCGCAAGAAAAUAAUUGCUCCUUUGCCCAUUGUUAUCUUAUACCUGGAUCAUGUUAGACACGUCUAAGAGGUUAGUUUAUCUCUUAGGCUUGGAUUUGAACUUACAGUCAAGCAUCCGCCCAUGUACAUAUUAUUAUAUUAAAUGUUCAGCGGAAGUUUACGUUUUA